AUGGCUAUCGAAAAUAUUUACAUAGCCAGACAUGGUUACAGAUCAAACUGGCUACCAAAGGGGCCAUAUCCACCGCCUCCCACUGGCAUUGACAACGAUGUCCCACUUUCAGAACAUGGCGUUGAUCAAGCACACGAAUUGGCAAAUUAUAUUUCUAAACUAAAUGCCAAACCUGAAAUAAUCUUCAGUUCCCCAUUUUAUCGCUGUUUAGAAACCAGUCAACCCACAGUGGAGAUAUUAAAAACUCCAUUAUAUGUCGAUCGCGGUGUUGGAGAAUGGUAUAAACCUGACAGGUCCAUUAUCCCGGAACCAGCUACACAUGAAGUUAUGAGUAAGUUUUUUCCAGCCAUGAUCAACCCAGAUUGGGAACCCAGUAUUAUUCCUAGUAACAAAGGUGAAACCGAAGAAGAUAUUUUCGAGAGGUGUCGUAAGUUUUGGCCUGUCUUUAUUGAAAGAGUAGAAAGAAAAUUUCCAGAUGUUAAGACCAUUAUGAUCGUUACACAUGCUGCGACCAAAUCAGCUCUUGGUAUGAACUUACUAAAAUUUUCCAGCGCAAAAGAGCCUAUUGAUGACAAAGGCACUUUUAUAAGGAAUGGAAGUUGUGCUAUUGAUAAAUUUGAGUUAAUAAAGACAAGAGAAGAAAUCACUCCAUUUAAGGAAAGAGAGUGGAAACUUACAAUGAAUGGUAAUACUUCCUUUUUAACUAAUGGAGAAGAAAUGAAUUGGACGUUCAUGAAUGCCUUUGAAGCAGGUUCAGACGCCGAUAUUGAAGCCAGAAGAGCGGCUAAAAGCGGAAAAUUAAAAAUGGAAUAA